GUACACGGUAGUUAUAUUCGUGGGAAGCAUUUCAUGUCCUACUCUGGCCCAAUUCGGAUUUGUUGCUUUACUCUGUGUAGGAAUUGCUUGCUGUUGAAUCCACAAAAUCCCCAGUGGUUGCAGUGUAACUGGCAGGAGUUUAUCCGGAAUUCUUCAUUCAUUAAUGGGGGAGAUCCUCAGCUGACUGAUUCAUUAGAAAUUGCACCCAAAAUACUGCACUGUCUCCCCAGUCACUGAAAAUGCACUGGAUCAGAAUAAUGCAGGCACUUGCAGCCCUCUUUGUCUCCUUGCACAGCUGCUGACAACUUCUUGCUGCAGCCCUGGUGUGCAUUUUCUACCUUACGCCUUUUAGUGUUGGGGCUGGAGGAGGGGUGUAAACUCUGCCGUUUCCCCUUCCUCCCACAGCUACGAGAGAUUUUUUUUAAAAAAUAUAGUAGAAUCUCUUUGAAGAGGGAAGAAAAAGAGCGCUGCCUGUUUCCAAGGAGGAGGAGUUGCUACCAUGUCUGCUGCAUUCUGUAUGCUGUGUGGGUGAAGAGAGGGGAGGGAGUGAAGGGGGGGGGAGAAUAGAAAUAAGAGAGGAGUGGAAGGGUGAGAAAUAGACUCAACUCCAUACACAGAGCAGAGCACGAUGUCGGUUGCUUUUGCUACUCCCCGGCAACGCGGGAAAGGUGAAAUUACACCUGCCGCCAUUCAGAAGUUACUGGAUGAAAACAAUCAGCUCAUCCAAUGUAUAAUGGAUUACCAGAGCAAGGGGAAAACUGCCGAAUGUUCACAGUACCAGCAAAUGCUUCACAGAAAUUUGGUCUAUCUGGCGACAAUAGCAGAUUCCAAUCAGAACAUGCAGUCUCUCUUACCAGCUCCUCCCUCGCAGUCCAUGCCGAUGGGACCAGGGGGAAUGAACCAGCUCCCUCCCGGGCACAGUAUGGGCACAGACGGGAUGGUCAGUGGUGGAGGAGGAGGGCCCCCUACGUCGCACAUGCAGAACCAGAUGAACGGACAAAUGCCUGGCCCGAACCACAUGCCAGUACAAGGACCAGGCCAACCCAGUAUGGCCAACGCCUCUGUCAGCAUGCCAACCAGUAGCCACGGUUCCAUGGGCGGCUACAGUCAUUCAGUGCCAUCUUCACAGGGAAUGCCAGUGCAGAGCCAGAUGAAUAUGAACCCAGGUCAAUCGAUGAAUAACUAUGGCCCUCGAACAAAUAUGAAUAUGCAGCCAAGCCAAGGCCCCAUGAUGCACCAGCAAGCGUCAGCCUCGCAGUACAAUAUGCCACAGGGAGCAAGCCAACAUUAUCCCAACCAGCCGCCCAUGCCCAUGAUGAAUCCGGUGAACCAGGCGAACCACAUGAUGGGGCAGAGGCAGAUGCCACCAUACAGACCGGCUCAGCAAGGUCCUCUCCAGCAAUAUGCAGGGCAGGAGGAUUACUACAAUGACCAGUUCAAUCACGGACAGGGGACCCCAGAGAGCAUGAACCAGCAGUAUUAUCCUGAUGGGCCCAAUGACUACAGUUAUCAUCAGGCAUCGUAUCCUGAACAAGGCUAUGAUAGGCCUUAUGAGGAUUCCUCACAGCACUACUACGAAGGAGGUAACUCGCAGUACAGUCAGCAACAAGAGACCUACCAACAAGGACCACCUCAACAACAAGGCUAUGCACAGCAGCAGUACACAACUCAACAAGGCUAUCCAGGCCAGCAGCAAGGUUAUGGUUCCUCCCAACCUCCUCCAAACCAGUACGCAAACUAUCCACAGGGCCAGGGUCAGCAGUACGGAGGCUACAGACCCCCCCAACCUGGACCACCACAACAGCAGCAGAGGCCUUAUGGGUAUGAGCAGAACUUGCAAUGAAUUGUCUGCAGAGCUUGGGAAGAAUAUGGGCACUCAGCCAGAAAGUUUUUAAUUUCCACAUUUUGGCCCCGGUCAGCCAUGGAGGAGGAAGAAAGCAAAACACACAAGCUAACCUGUCACAAAGACACAGCUGGGGACAGGGGAACUGAUGACUUUCGGGCACUGCAAGCAAGAGGGGUGCAUUACUCAUUCUCUGACCAAGGUGGUCACCAGAUUGACAAGACCAGUGGUGACCAGGCUAACCAGACCAGUGCUCCUCCCACCCCUCCCUACCACUUCACAACCACCCCCUCACCCCAUUUCCCGCUGUGUCCAGCCUAUUUCCCACCACUUAUCCACCCCUAGUCAUUUCACUGUGUCUCUCCAGUCUGUGACAGUUUCAAUGACUUCAUGAAUCUUUUUGCACAAGAGUUGACCAAGCACUCUCUUGUGUUUUCUCAAUGUGGAGCGGGUGUGUUGGAGGACCUGGAUUUUGAUGCUGUGGACUGAUCUUUCUGUGACCGACCCUCCACUGUGCGUGCGACCCAACAGGUAGAAUGUCCUCCAGCACAAUCUGACCUCACCACUUGGAUUCCUCGAUCUGCGACUCCACAGUGUCCCUUUUCCCCAGAUUUCUUGAUGUUCCCAUCAGCCUGGCUCAUUCCUCUCAAGAUCACGCUGAGACUUUUCUCAAAAAUUGAAGAUAACGAGGAGCCAGGAUGUUGAAGAAUUGCCUGUUACCAACACAAAAUAGUAUUUGCUGCUGCUUUUUCUAUGUAUUGAUUUGCUACGCCAUGCAGGAGAGAUAAAGUGAGCAAGGCUUUUGCUCUAAGUACAAGUGUUUAUGGAGACUGGAAAUUAUGCUCACACACAGCUUUCUGAAUCAGUAUUCACAAAACCCACCUCCAGAAUCAGAUUUAAAAACUCUGAGUGGGGAGGGGUGUGUUAAAUGUGGUGACUCAUGCCCAGAGGUUAAUAUUUAAUUUAUGCCAAAUGCUAUUUUCUCUGAAGAUUGUGCAUGUUUUUUUCUGACCUUCUCUCUGGUUCCUCUUUUCUGGUUUUUGAAGGUAGAAGAGCUCAAUGAAGAGUGUUUACACCAAGAGCUCAAAUUGUUCAUUCCCUUGUGCUAUAGUUCAAGCUAAUCAGCUAACAUUCAACUCAGUGGCGUUUUUAUACUUCAGUGAAGCGGCUGUUUUUGACUUGAUGGGCUGAACAUCCUUUUUGCUCUAGAUCUCAAUGACACUGCCCCCGUAGGUUCACAGAGUGGUCAGCAUUUCUGUAGCACCAGAUUCGUUGGUAAUCCCCUGUCCCUUUUGUACCUGGCACUCGUUCCACACAUUGCUAACGCAAUCCCUUUAGUUUUGCAACAGCCUCUUUAUUGAGUUAAGCCAAGAAAUAUUGCUCCGAGAGUUGUAAUUUUUCCUUUUGGGGUUAAUGCAUUGUGACUAUGUUGCUACGUGAAGAACACAGAGGCCUAGUUUACUGAUUCAGAAGCACGGAUGUAGCAGCUGGGAAGUUUCAGUUCAAUUGAUUGAUUUAGGAAUAAAAAGCUAGUCUUGGCAUCGGUGACCACAUAUUGUCGAUGGUCAUAAAAUCCCACCUGGAUCACGAAUGCCCUUGAGGGAGGGAAAUUCUACUGCCCUUAGCUGAUCUGGCCUACAUGUGACUCCAGAUGCAGAGCAAUAUGGCUGACUCUAACCGCGCUCUGGGUGAGGAGGGAUGGGCAUUAAAUGCUGCUCGAGCCACAUCCCAUGAAGGGAAUGGGUAACAACUGUGAGUGGAUUAUUAAAAAGCAGUAUUCCAUAUGCUGGUAACGUGUUGUUUUGCUAAUCUCUUACCACCCUCUCAGAAAACAGUUUCUGGCUUUGUGUGUGGAGCUAAACAGCUCACUGUUGUUUAAGAGGAAAUGGCGAUUACUGUAAUUUGUCAGGCACAUGAGACAAGAGAAUUAUUUUUAUCUGCUAGGAAAUCUGUCUCUGUUUUCCCCCCUCGCCUCCCCCAUCCUCCCCCUGCCUCCCCCUCUCUCACGCACUCUCUCUCACGCACUCUCUCUCACGCACUCUCUCUCACGCACUCUCUCUCACGCACUCUCUCUCACGCACACUCUCUCACGCACACUCUCUCACGCACACUCUCUCACGCACACUCUCUCACGCACACUCUCUCACGCACACUCUCUCACGCACUCUCUCUCACGCACUCUCUCUCACGCACUCUCUCUCACGCACACUCUCUCACGCACUCUCUCUCACGCACUCUCUCUCACGCACUCUCUCUCACGCACACUCUCUCACGCACACUCUCUCACGCACUCUCUCUCACGCACUCUCUCUCACGCACUCUCUCUCACGCACACUCUCUCACGCACUCUCUCUCACGCACUCUCUCUCACGCACUCUCUCUCACGCACACU